AUGGGCAACCCGCCUAAGGAAUGCACUCCAGAGGAGGUUAUCUCCGCCAUCGAAAAGUACCGCAAAGUUGUUGCAGAGGAUGCUUACAAGUCUCUAGAGUGGCUUAUCCGUGAAGGCGAGAAACAGGAACUAGGACCAAACUGGGAGGAUGCGGAUGAAUCUUUGAUUAUUGAGGGGCAGAUGCGUUCGUGCGAGCAAUACCUAGGCUGCGAUUUACCUAAUUUCAAACACCCGCGCGAGUUACUAUCCCGUUUUGACGAGGUCAUUAAAGAAUCCGGUUGUGACGGUGUCAUAGAGUACCAAAGCCUUAAGCCUCCUGGCGUGAGCGCCGAUAUGAGAACCGAAGCACAUAUCAGCAUCCUCGAGAAAGCUCUUAAAGACAAUACGCAUAUUUCCGUGCCCUUCCCUGUCUCGAUCCCUCAAGAAUACAAGACUCUGAUGCGUCACGUUGACUCAUUAUUUGGAGUAGGCUUGCUCCGCCAGCGUUCGCCGCCCCUUUGGGCUGGCUGUACGGAUUCCGAAGCCAGAAUUAAACGACCUGCUGGGUGGGAGACUGGAGAUUCUACAGAAGGCUAUAUCUUUAUUAUACUCUGUCGAAAUGAGAAAGAAGGCAAACUAUGGCGCUGGCGGUAUGCUCGGGUUGACUGGUUUAUGGGGGAGAGCGAGGUAUUUGAUAGUAUUCCAAGUUUCCUGGAACACUACGCUCAAGACGUCCCAGAGCCUAUUAAUGAAUUACAUUGGCUUGUCCCUUUGGAUAAUCACCCACCAUGCCCACGAGGAACAUCCCAAUCACCUUGA